ACUUUCUCGUUCUCUUUUUAAAAAAUCAGCCGGUGUAUUGUACGAAACCUUGUAACAUCGAAAUCGCCCAUCUAAAUAGGUCACGUUCAGUUAGCAGUUCUACAUACGAAAAUGAACUCUUCUUGUUCCAACUUUGAUAUCAACUUUGACACCGAAGCCUUGUAUACCACAAACAUCGUUACAGCGGUUGUAAAUUCUGUGUUUUCCCUUACGGCUGUAAUUGGAAAUCUUCUCAUCAUUAUGGCAUAUCAAAGAACACCUUCUCUUCACUGUCCAGCCAAUACGCUCCUCUGUUGUUUAGCCUUAGCUGAUUUUACCGUAGGACUUUUUGCGCAGCCAAGUUUCAUCGCCCAUAAAAUAGGUGAGAUUCAACGUAAUUUCGACAUAUAUUGUGCCACUAGGAUUAUUACAGAGACUUCAGGGUAUAUCGCUAGUGGUGUAUCAAUUCUGACACUAACAGCAAUAAGCAUCGAACGCUACUUCGCGGUGUAUUUUCACCUCCGAUACAACGAAAUUGUGACCAAUUUCCGAACCUUAGUGACAGUGGUCUUCCUGUGGUCCACAAUGACUCUCGUAGCGGGUGCAAGAUUUUUAAUGAAAGACGGGAAGAAGUUCAACACGAUAACAAUUCCUAUUUUGUUUUCAAGUUUAAUCAUUACAAUCUGGUCGUACUCCAGGAUUUACACGCAAGUCAAACGACAUCAUCGAUGUAUCCAAGAUCAGGAAAAAUCCGUGAGAAUCAUCGGAAUCGCGAGAUGUAGAAAGUCUAUAGUUACCAUGAUUUACAUCCUUGGAUUAUUCAUUCUUUCGAAUGCGCCUAUGAUCGCUGUUGUUAUUACUCACAAAGUUACUGGUUAUACAAGACCUGUAAAAGAGGCUUAUAUCUAUGUCUCUACCAUUGUUUUUGUGUGUAGCUCCAUAAAUCCGAUGAUUUAUUGUUGGAGAAUUCCUGAGAUUCGACGAGCAGUUCUUAAGAUCAUAAAAAUCGUAUUUUGCCUGCAAGCUCAAACUGGAAGCAUGAUGAAUAACCCUGCCUUGCCUGUUAGAGUGAAAGAAUUUCAAUAUUGGUCAAGAUCUAAAGUAGUAUCGCUCAUUUAGGGACUGGUCAUAAUUUUUCGAUUUAUCGUCGGGGAGGGGGGGGGGGGUUUGGAGGAUUUUGCUUGUCUCGCGAUAAAUUUUACCUGAUGCCCCUUAAGGAUCUGUACUUUUACGAUCGUCCCCCUCCCCCCUCAUUAGCGGUUCAUUGGCAGUAAAUUUUGUAUAGUUCUCUCUGUUGGCGACGACUGAUCGAUAUCAUCCCUCCACCCCUUGAAAAACAUGUGAUCCCCUCAAAUCCUCCACCUCCAUCCCCAGGGCGAUUAAUAAUUACUGGUUCUUCAUCUAUGUAUGCGUAAUGCAUCUUCUGAUAUUAAUAAUGACUUAUCCAUCCACAAGAAAUAUGGUUUGACAUACGUCUUGUUUUAGAAAAGGACGGCUUCCUUGCCAAGAAUUUGAAGACAAUGAUCGAAGGAGAAGUAAGCUCAAUAACGAUAUAUUUCAAUCUCUCAGAACUUUGAUUCAAACGAAACACCUAACCUCUUGUUUUGUCAUCAAACGCACUUUAGAAUUGAGACAUUGAACGCCGCCACUUUGAAUCCUGCUUAGCGACCUAGCUCCUAUUAUGACGUAACAUUACUUUCUUCCUACAUGUAUUUCUCAACGAUCCGGUUGAUCAAUUAUUGUUUUUACACAAAUAUAUUUUUACUCACCGGAAACGAUGGUUUUUAGUGAAAACUAGUGGUGAAAGAACUAUCACAAAUUCUAAGCAAGGUCAAAAACUAACAAUGCUGACAGCCAAUUCAUUCAUGAAAGUAGAUCUCAAGAUCUCUUGCACCUUGUCGACUCUUGUCAAA